GGCUUGUCUCACGAGUAAUUUACCUCAAGUGAACUUAAUCAUUAGAAGUGGAACUGGUAAAGAAGAUGGAGAUUAGGAUAUUAAUGUUGAUGACUGUAAUUACAGUAUGUGUUAUCCCGAAAGCCAGCACAUUGACGUGUUUACAGUGCAACAACGUGCCACAGCCAAGACAUUGCAAUGCUGUAACCGAAUGCGACAAGGAUGAGACAUGUGGGAUUGAGGAAAUAAGUAAUGAAUUUGGUGAAAAAUUGUUCAAUGUCGGAUGCAUGAAAAGAAUGAAAUGCCAGGGGGCCAACUCGACACAGCACUGUAUACAAUGUUGUUCAACUGACGUAUGCAAUCAUGAAGGGUGCGGAGAAAUAGGUUAUCCAAGACAUCGAGGGCCAAUUUGUUACUAUUGUCCCGUGCAUACACAAUCGAAAGCAUGUCAUUUCGUAGAUAUUUGUCGAGCAGGAGAGGUUUGUAAAUUUGAUUCUCGUCGUGAAUUUGAUGACAUGCUGUUCUCAAGUGGUUGCUCAGAUGCUCAUGCUUGUAAACAAGGUGCACCACUGCAACCAUCAAUAGUUGGUCGAGACAUUGAUGACAACAAGUAUCGGGCAAUCAGGAAACAACAUCGAUCUCUCAUUGAACAUGUCUGUCGGAGCUGCUGUGAAUCAGAUCUUUGUAACAACAUGUGUAAUGGAAGUAUCUCAGCAGCAACCAGUCAAUGUGUAUCGAACCCAUGCCACCAUGGGCAAUGUUAUGAUGUGUCAAAUGGUUUUGUUUGUGUUUGUAACCAUGGUUACGAAGGGAGGCAAUGUGAUAAAUUGAUAUUGCCAUGUGCAUCAAACCCCUGCAUGCGUGGAAAUUGCACGAACAAUAAUGACAGAUACACGUGUCAAUGUCCUCAAGAUUACAGGGGCACAAAGUGUGAAUUUAAAAUAUUGCCAUGUGAAUUAAACCCCUGCAUGCGUGGAAACUGCACGAACGAAAAUAACGGAUACACGUGUCAAUGUCCUCAAUAUUACACGGGCAGAAACUGUGAAACUAAAAUAUUGCCAUGUGAAUCAAAUCCCUGCAUGCGUGGAAACUGCACAAACAAAAAUGACGGAUACACGUGUCAAUGUCCUCAGGAUUACACGGGCACAAACUGUGAAACUAGGUUGCUGAGUGAUUGUUAUGAUCUACUAAAUAUUGACCAUGCUAAUGUAAGCGGCGUCUAUUAUAUAAAACUGUGGCAAUCACAUACAACUAUACAAGUUUAUUGUGACAUGGACACAGAUGGUGGGGGAUGGACUGUUUUUCAAAGGCGAUUCAACGGAAGCGUAGAUUUCUAUAAAUCAUUUUAUGAGUACGAGAAUGGCUUUGGUAGUUUAGAUGGAGAAUUUUGGCUAGGACUUGCUUAUGUUCAAGAAAUGGCGUCACAAGGACAAUCAGAAUUAAGACUUGACUUAAAAGCAGCAGAUGACAGUACUGCAUAUGAAACAUACCAGAAUUUCAAGUCUAGGAGUCUCGCCAACCUAUACCCUUCAUAUAGAUCACGGCGUUGGAACAGCAGCUCCUAUUCUUGUGCUAAGACAGAUCAUGGAGGUUGGUGGUAUAAUGGCUGUACUUUAGCGAACCUCAAUGGAGAGUAUGUUACGCCAGGUACAAUUUCAUCAUACCACAGUGGCGAAGGUGGUGUGAUAUACCGUGAAUUUCAGGAGUACAAAUCGCUUAAAGAGACAAAGAUGAUGUUUAGAAGAGUAUGA